AUGUUAACAAUACCAUAUCUGUCGACUUCUUUUAGUUCGCACCUCUUGUGUCAUUCCUUCUUUUAUCCGCUCACUAGUGUCACCCAGUUAUUCAAUGGCUAUCUCUUUUUCUUUCUUCUUUCUAUUGUCUUUUAUAUUCUCUUUUGUUUUUCUGUCCUUGUUUACCUUUUUUUCUUUCUUUUGUUGUUUUUGAUAAUCUUUCUUCGUUUAUUUUCUUAUUUUUUUAUUUUUUCUUUUCUUCUUUUUUUUGUCUUCAUUGCUUCUUUUUUUUCUUUUCUUUUUCUCUUCCUUUUUCCUGAUGUUUCUUAUUUUUUUUCUUUUUUUCUUUACUUUGUUCCUUCCUUUGUAUGUUACUUUCUUUUUUCCUGUUCCUUUUCUUUCGUUUUUAUUUUCUUUAUUCAUUUUUUUCUUUCUUUCCUUUUUUGCUUUUCAUUCUUUUUUUUUUCUUUUCGUUUCGUUUUUUUUUUCUCUUUUUUCUCUAUUUUUGUUUUUUUCGUUUUAUCUUUCUUUUCUUUUUUCAUUAUUUUUUCUUUUCUUCUUUCUUUUAUUUUUAUUAGUCAUAGAUACAGCAAAUUUACCUCCAUUGGCCGGCAAAUAGAGUUUUUCCAUUAUGACAGAUUGGGAUCGACCUAA